GGCUGCCAGACUGCGGUCGAACCUCUCCUUCCCUCUUUUAUCAUCCAUUUCCAAUUCAUCACCAACACCACCACGGCCAUCCAUUCCCCCCUCUUCUAUAUCCAUCCAAUCGACACAAUCUCUUCGUUAUUGUCGUCGUCGUUAUCACUUGCCCCUUCGUCUUCCCCUCCCAUUUGCGUUUCCUCUCUUCCACGGCCGCCUUCACCAAAUACUUUUGUCCACGCGCCGCGGCUGUCAACCUUCGUUUCUUGAGCUGCUGGGUUUCGCCUCUGAAGCUUCCUGUCCCCUGUGAAGACGAGUUUCUUCCAGCCCUUCGCUUCUUCUUCGACGUUCGACUCUUAUCGUCACGUACAUAAUCCCACCUUCGUUGAAUUCCAUUCAGUCUCGGGUCCAUUCUUGACCAUACCAGACCCCUACCGUCGACGAGCUUCACCAUUUGGUCUCAACCCAUUCACGAUCUGACCCUGUCAUGUCGAGACGUGGUGCCAUAUUCUAGAGAGAAAUAGAAAUAGUCAUAUCCCGAAGUCGAAUUUCUCGAGGAAAGACUCUCCUUUAUCCGGCCCCCAAAAUUGAAACAAGAUUACCCAAACACGACCUGGCCCGUACCAGGCACCUUUUGCUGAAACAUAGUCAAAGGAGAAGAUGGCUGCUUUGGUCCAAACACUGCCUCCCCAAACAACGACGGUUACAAUGCUGGGUCGCCCCUCGUCUUCGGGGGGCUAUCCUUCACAGGGCUCACAGGGACAGAUCAGAAACCACCCGCCAAGUCGAUAUAACAUGUCUGCCACUGGGUACAGAGGCAUGCCAGCUAGUGGUCCCAUUGCCCCUUACGCCUUCACAUCCACGCCGCAGUUGGCCACCAGCAAUGUCAAUGCCAAUCCCAAUGCACGCCCAUUCGCUCUGAACACUGGGCGGUCAAUUUCUUCUCCAAAAGCCCCUCAACCGGGUGCCUCUCCUUCCUCGCAACCCUCCUCCCCGAAUAGUCCUUCACAUGUCGAUGCUGGCAAUCGUCCUCUGUCGUUAGGACUCCCACCCAUACCCUCGGGCUCUUUCAUGGGUCCCCAAUCGACACCUACUGCCCCUAAACCAUCUCCAGAUCGUUACCGAAGAAACGUGCGACGAAGCGAUGGAGAGAGCGGUUCCAAUCGUGGCCCUGCAGGUCCCACUCUCCCUUCGGGCUCUGGGAUGGCGGCAGUCGGUUCCCUUUACAACCAUCCUGCUCAAUCCAACAGUACGCCGUCCUUGCAUUCUCAGCAAUCCUACCGGAGCUCAUCGCAAGGCAACAAUCUUCAGCCCAAGAGCUCUAGUGCAGACGAUCUCCAACUGGUUCGACCUCAGCCUGCGGAGCUGGCUGCAAGGUAUCGGAGGCGCAGUUUCGGCAGCAUUGAGACGGCAGGUCUGAAUCAUUCCUCUGAUACCCAAGAAACCGUUUCUCCUCACCCAAAGGCGUUCCUCGAUUCACCAUCGAGUCAAGGAGAUGUUCUACUUCCGCCUCAGCGACCUACUCAUCACAGACACACCUCGAGUUCCGACAGUGUGACGUCGUCGAAAUCUGCCCGAUCUUCCCGCCCUGGUUCAUCUCGGACAGAACAACCUUCCACGGCCACCGCUUCUGGCCCACUUUCUUCCCCUAAGCAAGAGCCGAGACUUGCUGCACCGCCUCGUCUUGGGGAUUCGAGCAUUCGCCAUCCGUCCCCUUUGUCCCGACCCGUCAACAUUCUCCCUGACAAUGUAGACGAAGCGCGUCCGUCGGCAUCAACCCCGACUGCUCCGCAGACGUCCGCUCCGCCAAGCCUUGCUGCUGAACAGCUUACUGCGGUGAGCAAGAAAGAAUUAAAGAAGCCCAAAUCGAAACUGCGGCGAGCAUUCUCUUUCGGAAGCGCAGCAGAACUUAGAAAGGCUACUGCACAACAUAAUCUGGAAAAGAGUGUGGCCAACAACCAGAUAACGACCAAGAGGAAUUCAAAAUACGAGGAUGAACUGGAGCCUGAGCAAGCGCGCAUUGCUGAAAAGCAAGAGGCCGCAGGAUUGGGUGAAAGCAUUUAUUCUGGCCAGGGCAACUUCUUCACUGGGUCGACCGACAAUUUAUCCAUCUCUUCGACUGCGUCCUCGGCUUCGGUUAUGCUCCGUAAAAUGGGCAAGGGAGUCAAGAAGGGCACUCGAUCUCUCGUUGGCUUGUUUCGGCCGAAGUCUGUGGUUGGUGUACCUGCUGCCGAUGCGCCGGUGAACUCGGCAACUAUCGCAGAGGUCUCAAUGGUCACUGUCGAGGCAGAAAGAGAGAAUGUCAACGUAAAUGUCAACCCUCACGAGCAGGCUGGAGGUGGUACUGGAUUCCCAAAAUUGGAGCGCAACUCCAUCGACACUAAACUCUCAUUCGACAGUGGCACCGUUUCCAGUGAUACACGAUCACGACGCAGCAUCGUUGGCGGGGAGAAGGAGCGUGCCGAGGUCCUUGCCGCUGUAAAGAAAGGCAUCCUCAAGCGGACGGAUUCAAAUCAACCCUCGCCCAAGGUCAAACCGUACGACUUCAAGGCGCCCGAUUUCAACUUGCCUCAAAUUCCUCACAUGAUCGACUCGCCCAAAUCGAGUGCCCCCAGCACACCUGCCGACGAACCACCUCGAUCUGGCCAUCGCCGAACCGACUCGAUCACCAUUGAAAGCAACGAUCAUGACGAUUAUUUUACUUCCAUGACUAGACUUGGCAGCUUAGACUCGAAGAAUACACCGGUGACCCCGCAGGGUCUAAUUCGCAACAUUUCAUUCAGCCCACGAAUUCAGUUUUAUGAUACCUGGCCCAGUGGAGAGUACGAUCGACGGGGUGAGAUAGCAACUUGCAAUCGGUUGACUCCGAUGCUAGCACAGCAAAUCAAAGAGGAGCUCAACACCUUCAAAAUGGAAAUGGAGGUUCACGAGUCAUCCAAAGUCUAUACGCAUUUCUUUUAGUGCGGACGGAUCAGAUCAAUGGGCGAUCCUAGAAACAUCUCUCUGUUCACCGAGUUGACGCUUGAGCCAAUAGUGAUCACUGGCACGCGAAUCAUCAAGAACACUCACGAUUUCUACGACCCUUGCAGUACAUUUGCAGCAAAGCAUUGUUUUCGUCGCUAGUUGACAGCACGAAACUGUUCGUUGGGGCCUCCUUUCGACCGCGGGCCCUGUGUACAUUUAAAAAAAAGCUCAUUCGUGUUGCAUUUCACCUCGAUCAUGAAAUUAAGGUUCAAAGUAAGGUGUCUGGCGCAGGGCAACAAUUACCCAAGGAUGGUUAUUAAGGCGGCAUCAAGGGAGAAUACAUGUUGAUCUUGGGUUUCAGUCUGGAGGAAGGAGGACAUUUCAUCGUUGGACCUUUCAGCCUACCCUUUUUCUAAUCGAGGACAACUUGGUUUGGGCACCUGACUAAACUUUGUCAUUGGAGUGAUGGGCAUCACAAAUUGGUUUCUAUUGGAACCGGCUUGGAUGUUAUUUAGCCUAGUACAAGUAAGAGACCAGAGGGUCAGUGGGUAUGUCUCAAACCCCUUUGGUCUAAGGUUAGAGGGAGAAGAAGAGAGUAUGCCGCUCUUUCUCGUGGAGGAAACUAAUUGGUUCUAUGGUCUUGUUGACGCAUUGCCUGAACCCUCUUUACACCCUUGAUGCCCGAUUCUGCUUGCAAGGCUGAAUUUGGGGGCAGACACUGAAAAGAGGAAGGUGUGCCGCGAUCGCUGGGUGUGUUUUCGGAAUAGUCGAUUCUCGUG